CACCCUAUUUAUAUUUUAUUUGGACGCUUCUCCAGUCUGCAGAGCCGGAGCUGAGGCUGGAGAGAGAGGAAGGACGCACAAUGCAGAAACCUGAUUUAACUCCGGAGGAUUAUGCCGACAUGCUCGACAAUGUCCCGGAAGGCGUAUUCUACAGGUUCCCGCUGUGCUUAGUUAAUGGAGUGCCGCUGAUGAAACCUAUUGCGGAGCAAUGGGAGGGCGUUGAAAAAUUCCUAGCCAGACCAGACGAUGUGCUCAUAGCGACUUAUCCCAAGGCAGGCACUACAUGGAUGCAAGAGAUUGUGGACUCCAUAAUGAACAAUGGUGAAUUAGAGAAGAUCAAGCGUGCGCCCACCCAUGUACGUUCUCCAUUUCUGGAGAUCUGCUCUCCGCCACCCGUUCCUUCCGGCGUAGCCAUCUUGAAUAAUACUCCAUCCCCGAGGCUGGUAAAAACCCAUCUGCCCUUCGAGCUGGUGCCGGAAUCUUUUUGGGAGCAUAAGUGUAAAACAAUUUACGUUGCUCGGAACGCAAAGGACAACGCGGUGUCAUAUUAUUUCUUUGAUCUGAUGAAUAAAUCUCAGCCUGACCCUGGGACCUGGGAUCAGUACGUGGAAAAGUUUCUAACGGGUGAAAUUGCCUGGGGAAACUGGUUUGAUCACGUGAUUGGCUGGUGGAACGCCAAAGACAAGCACGACAUCCUCUAUGUGUUCUAUGAAGAUAUGAAGGAGGACCCAAAACGAGAGAUUCGAAAGGUGACUGAGUUCCUAGGGAAGAACCUCUCAGAAGAUGUGUUGGAUACAAUUUGCCACCACACCAGUUUCAAAGCCAUGAAGGAAAACCCAAUGGCAAAUUAUUCCACCGUUCCCAAUAUGCUGCUGGACCAGAACCUCUCGCCCUUCAUGAGGAAAGGUGAAGUUGCAGACUGGAUGAAUUAUUUCACCGAAUCCCAGAAUAAAAUGUUCGACGUGGAAUAUGAGAAGAGAAUGAAAGGGACAGACCUGAAAUUCCGCACCGCCAUCUGAAGUCUGGGGAUGACAUGGAAAACUGUUCUUGUGUAAACACAAUUGGACAAUAAGGCCUACAGACCUGCAUGAGGCCACCGUCCUGUGAGGACUGAUGGAAUACUCAAUCAUUUUGUGGGUUUGGACCAAGAAGUGAUGAAUGGCAGAUCUCAGGUGUUGGGUGGUGGGUACAGGGUGCCUUGGAUUGGUUUGGGUCUCUGAAGAGAGCUGGUGUUUGUAAAUCUGUAUAGGGAGGCCUAAAUUGUGUUGGUAAGAAUCAGGAAAAAGUAUAUAGACUUAGUAACACCUUGCUAUAUAUCUAAUAAAAUUAUCCCACUAAACCAUA